UAUCGACCCUGAGUGAUGAGUAGUCAGUAAAAUUGUUGCCGAGCUGGUUCCCGACUGGAACUUCCGGCAUCCGGAGAAUAGUGAGCCAUUCCAGAAGGAGUUAAGAAUGGACGUGUCCGAGUUUCCCUUGAAUCGCCUAGUAGUAAUGCCGACCUUGAGUGAUGAGUCGUCACCCCACCCUCACGGUUGUGAUUCCAUAUCUGUCCCGAAGACUGAUAACGCUCUGAACGUGGUGGAACCCGCCAACCACCUCGCAGUCGAGCUAAGAACGUUGACACGUCGCGUUCACAGGACAACUUCAAGCAGCCAGUCAGAAAAAGUUACAACAGAUCAUGAGAGGACACCGAACGGACAAGGUUGCGAGGUUACUGGCGGGAUUGCUCUCGGUAGUAGUAGUUGCAGUUGAAGCCGAGCACGACCAUGAGCCCCGAAUCGUGGGCGGUUUUCCAGCGCUGCAAGCCACUACCAGGCAUCAGGUGUCCAUUCGGCGCCGCUCCAGCGACGAGUCCGUCUUCGGCGCCGGCCACAUCUGCGGCGGGAGUCUCAUCGACAGCCGAACGGUGCUGACGGCGGCGCACUGUCUGGUGGACUCGCUAGACAAGAAGCGACCCGCGGGGUAUUUUCGGGUAGUUGGCGGGGGCGUCAACCGGUAUGAGCGGAGCGCCGGGACCGUGGUUCGGACGGUGAGCCGCGUUGGAGUCCAUGAGCGGUACAACGCGAAGAACUUUGACAACGACGUUGGGCUGUUGAUUCUUAACGAACCGGUUCCGGAGACGCAUCCAGCGCUGAAACCGAUCGCUAUGGCAACGAAAACGCCGACCUCGUUGACUUCUUGUCAAACUAGCGGUUGGGGAUCGACUCAGUACGGCGUACCUCAGGGAACCGCCGAGCUACGAGCCGUCAACGUGACCGUUCAGCCAACAACGCAAUGCAACGGGUCGUACAGCUACCAUGGCUCGCUGCGGCCGGGAAUGCUGUGCGCUGGAGAUUUCCGCGGAGGUCAGGACGCCUGCCAGGGAGAUUCCGGCGGACCGCUGGUUUGCGGCGGAACGCUCGCGGGUGUCGUGUCCCACGGGUACAAGUGUGCCGAGCCCAGGUUUCCCGGGAUCUACGCCGAUGUGGCGUACUACCGGGACUGGAUCGCGAGGAAUGGAGCUGGAAGGCGAGCAUCCGCUGUCAGCGUUUUCAUCUGCUUCUUCGUUAUUUUGAUUAAACUGUGAUAUUUUGACGUUUA